AUGUGGAACGACAUUAACAACAAGGACGACUAUUCGAAAACCUACACAGAAGCUCACGAUGAGUAUCGACGACGUUAUGGAGUGGAACCACCAGCCGGUUUUGAGGCUUGGUUCGACUUUGCGAGAAACCACGAAUCGCCCAUCAUUGACGAUUUCGAUUUGAUAUACGAAAGGAUGACACCGUUUCUGGGCCUCAGCGGUCAGGAGUUUCUGGACAGACUGCGUCUUGCGCAAAACAUCCCUGGCAGCGACUUGUGGCUCUGCGAAUUCUCUGGCCGGGAAGCCAGGACGGUCUGUAGCCAUCCUUUUCGGGUUUACGACAGACACAUUGCAUUUUCGUUCGACCGACUGCUGUGGAGUCUUCCUGGCCGUCUCCCAGAUGUCAAGUUUCUGGCCAACCAUAUCGAUGAACCGAGGGUACUGAUACCUCAGCGUGGGGACGUACUUGAUAGUCGAACCUGUGUGAUGGAAAACUUGUCAAGACAGCCGGUCUGGGGCACGUUGACCAGGUUCUGCUCCUCUCAGGACGCGAACAAAACGAUCAGCAAUACAAGGCAUGCGAUUGAAGACUUUGGCCUUCCAUUUGUCAGCGAUCUAUCCUCCGCCAUCGAUCUGUGCCAACAUGAGGAGUACAGCGCCAUGCACGGUCUCCUUGUCAGUCCCCCGUCAUUUCCGCUCUUAGAAGGAUUAGUACCGGUCCUUUCAACCGGAUCACUAUCGACGAUGGGAGACAUACUAUACCCAAGUCCAGCAUACCUGGAGGACGAGUUCCAAUACGCCGACGCCAAUGAUGUCGAGUGGGACACCAAGCGAAACAACAUUUACUGGGCUGGCUCCAAUACAGGCGGCUUUUCCUCGGACAGCCGGUGGAAGCAAUUUCAACGGCAAAGAUUUGUCGAGCUGGCUCAAAAUCUUCAUAGGCGCCAGCAUGGUUAUCUCAGAGAAACGGAUGGAAUUCUCGGCCGCGUGAAGUCGUCCUUCCUCAAUUCUAGAUUAUACGACGUGGCUUUCACGAGGAUAUUCCAAUGCGAAGGGAGAUCCUGCAGGGACCAACGGGCAUACUUCAACAUGAAGCCGUGGGAGGACAAGGACCGCGCCCUCAGGUCUCGCCUGGUCUUCGACACGGACGGCAACGGCAUCAGCGGCCGUUACUACAACUUCCUCGCCUCUCGAUCGGCACCGCUGAAACAGACCCUCUUUCGCGAGUGGCAUGACGAACGACUUGUGCCGUGGCUUCACUACAUCCCUGUGAGCCAAAGCAUGGACGAGUUGCCAGAGUUGGUCUCGCACCUAACCUCGACCGAGGCGGGACAGGAGGCGGCCAAGCAUAUUGCUGAAGCGGGACGGGAGUGGUUCGGGAAAGCCUUUAGGGAGGUUGACCGCAGCAUAUAUGUCUAUCGUCUGCUGCUUGAGAUGGCAAGGUUGCAGGACCCAGAGCGACAGCCAUUGAAUCGAAGUGGCAGAGACUAUUGA